AUGAAGUCAAUCAGGCCAGCUAAAAAACCAGCAUGGAACGCUUCGAAGCAAACAACUAUCCUUGUUACUGUUCAAGCGAACUCUCUUCAAUUUUUUUCUCAUCUAACCCUCCCAACAGCAGCCAAUCCAGAUAAAAUUGUUGCACCGAUUCCGGAUACAGUAGCUGGACCAGCUCCUCCGGUUCUUGCAUUCGAUUUGACAGCAACUGCUCCCGAAGCUACAAUUUUUCCUAAAUUUGAGCUCAAUUCUGUCAGAAAGUCACUUCUCGAUAGUGACAGAAAGCUGCAGAUUGUUUCUCAUGCAAAGUACCUGCUUCAAAUGGACUGCAAACUUCGAUGUUGUUGGAAUCGUUUGAAAAUGACUAUCGACAGUAACGUCGCAAUGAAUUCAAAGAUUACUGCGGAUAUGGACAAAUUUGAACAUCACAUCAACGACAUGGAACCAAAACUGAAGCUGCAGACAGAGUCAUGUAAACUUGCUGAAGAAGAGCUCAAAGUUUUGAAAAGUGCUAUCGAAAGAGAUCCCGGUGAUCAAAAUAAAUAUCGCGAUACUUACAACAAAAUGAUGGAAAAAAUAGAAGUUUUGAAAGGACAGCUCAUAAAAACUGCAAAAGAGCUUGAGAGGAUAAAGAGAACAAACUCGGGUGCAUACGAUAUGUGGUAUCGACUUCAAGUGGAAAAUACGAAUGACUGGAACAGAAUGCUUCAGUUAGAACAAGCUGAAAGAGUUGCGAGAAUGCUAUUGAGAGAACUUUGCGGGAUUCAUGUAGAGUUUGGGAAAACUGAAGUCGGAAAAACGCCGACUCCGGAACCGGGCCCAUUUGAAACUAUGUUGGGCGUGGUUUACAAGAUUAUGGAUUUGAAAGAUUUCACGGAAGAGGAGAAAACUAUUGUCAAAGAGAACCUCGUCGGUACCACAUUCAAAUUUGAAGAAAUAUUCGAAUCGGAGAAUCCAUAUGAUCUCGAAACGUCUAGAAAACGAAUAUUCCCAGUUUCAUACAAUCAUGUCUGCACAUGCUCUAAGAAAACGAAAAAAGAAGACAGCAUCGAAAAAUCAGACGAUGAAUCGAAGAGUGAUGAUCAAAAAACGAAUCUCAGUGGCGACGAACUUAUCACCCAAAAUAUACAUCCUCAAACUACAACUAUCAAAUCUGAUUGUGCUUGA